CGAUGAAUACCGCACCAACGACAUGAUCUCGAGUAAAUGGCGAGACAUGUAAGCGGAGGUUUCCAAAUUUUUUGACAUUGGAACGAGGUGAAUAGGUUGAGAAUGAGUGUGCAAAUUGACUCACAAGUUCUGACCAAGACCCAAUACGCUCGUGAGUGUGGCGGGAUCCCGAGUAUCAAGGCAUGGGAAGUCAUGCGUGAACCCACGAAGUGGCAUACAGUCGUGAGACUUCUAGUCUCAAAAGGGUGGAAGACAGAUUCGCCAACCGACAUGGGUUCAGGCCAUUCCUCAUCUAGAGUCAAAAUAUCCUUGAACAACUUUGAUGAAGAUGACGAGAAGUACUUCAUGCCUGUCGAACCUUGUCGCCCACCCGAUCGCAAUAAUCAAGGAAAACGUCCUGUAACACCCGACCCAUGCGACCCAAAUACAAACACCGGACUUAGAGUCACUUCUAUGGCAAUGACUCAAGUCUAUUCUAUGACAUCAAAACCACUACCUGCAGCCAUGAUUCUGGUCAACCUGAGUUUCUCAAUCCUGGAAGAACUGGGCCUAGAACGGAUUCUCUUCAACAAGUGCUUCCAUGGCGCCCUCAACAAGGCUUUUCAAGCAUCUCUUUAUUCGAUCGCCGCCUCCCCCUCUUCUCUGAUUCUCCUUCCCCGACCAAAACAUGCAGCAGCACGAGGGAUGGUGAUCAUUAGCGGCGACGACUCCCCCCCGACCCAGCAACGAGAGCGACUAGCACGCGGGACGAAGGAUCUUUUCUCUGCUGUGGCGAACGCCUCUAGCAGCAGUAGACGACCCCGCGAGCAGUAGGAGGAGAGCAGAGCUCUGCCUCUUGGUUCGGAGACGCCGGUGACAGAAUUGCAGCGACCGGCCGGCGAAUCAGCGACGACAGCUAGACAACGGUUCCAGCGACUCCCUCUGUUCCGGCGAAGUCCAGCAAGCCCCAGCAACCUCCAUCUUUUCCGGCGACGAGCUUAGACCACAACGAGAACAAUGAUUCAUCCUUGUUUCGGCAGACCCUAGUAGCUGCGGCUGUUUUUAUUCCGUUCGGCAGUUGAUAAGACGAUGGCAACCUUGGGGACGUUCGGGUUGAGCUUGGGUAGCCGGGCGGGACCCGGGUAGCGAAACCAGUGCUCUAGAGUCAAUUGUGCAGCAACUGAGGUUCCGAACAACAUUACGGGUUCGGGGGUGAUGAGAACGAUGGCGGACAACGGGGACGUGCUCCGACAAUGACCCUUCGAUAACCUUCGUAAGAGUACGACAAAAGAAUUGAGAUGAGUGGUUGUGGAAGAUUGAUUCUGGAAUCCAUUCCGGAGAGCACCAUGACGGAGGAGAUGCAUGGAUGCAGGGAUUUAGUAAAGUUGAUAUUUAAUUAAAUUAUAAGGCUUCUGCACUGUUUG